AUGUGUCUGCUUUCUGUAGGUGCUGGGAGCAGCCUGCAUCACAAAUGCAACAGUGCCAAACACCGUAUCAUCUCCCCAAAAGUGGACCCACGCACUGGAGGCGCCUACAGCAGCACCCACUCCGAGGUUCAGAACAACGACGUGUCAGAGGGAAAGACGGAGCACAGCCACGGUGGGGGCAAAAACGGCAGGGCAGGGGCAGACAGCGCCGGUGGAACGGGCGGCCGAGAGAAAAGGAACGGCAAGGUGCACAAGCCAGCACUGCUCCAUCAGAACAGUAUGGAGGUGUCCUCAUCCAACCAGGUGGAAGUGCCAGAUACCACCCAGAGCUCACCCGUCUCCAUUAGCAGUGGGCUAAACUCCGACCCCGAUAUGGCCGACAGUCCCGUGGUGACAGGAAUGGGCCAUGUAGCCUCGGUAAUGAGCAGCCUGUCUCAGUCCGCCAAUGUAUUCAUGUCAGACGUCUCUGGAGACCCUGUCUAUAGCAUGUCCCCGACUGUAGACCCCAACACUCACCUCCUGGGGCCCGACACAGCCUCAAGCAGUCUGGUGUUAGCAGUGGCAGCUGACAGUCACAAAUUUGCCUUUGCUGGAGCAGUUGGAGUGGGGUUAGCAGACGCAGGGUCCACAGACGGACUUGCUAUGCUGUCCACAGCCAGUGUGUCUGAAGAACUGUUGCUGUCUAGUAACCUGGAAUCUGGGAGUAUUAAGCUGCCUGAGACUAAUAUGAACUUUGACCCUGACUGCUUCCUCAACAACCCCAAGCAAGGUCAGACCUACGGAGGGAAUGGGCUGAAAACCGAGGACAGCAAUGGGAGCAGCUGCAGUAACGGAGGGUUGAAGUGUUCCCCGCCGCUCAACGACAACGGUUACAUCUUCAACACCUCUCUAGUGAAGAACAUCAAAACGGAGGACAUGUCAUUUGAACAGCAGCUGGCGAAAGAGAGUGGCUAUCAGGUUGGAGAAGGGGUGAGCGGUGCUGUCAGUAUGUCCGGUUCCUCAAACGGCGGUUCGGCCCAAAACUCCCUGGCUCUGACUCCCACUGGUUCACUGUUGCCGUCUGGAGGUGGACUCAGUCCCAGCACUACCCUUGAGCAGAUGGAUUUCUGUGCAAUUGAUGCCAAGCAAGACUACCCAUCCAGUGUUAUGUCAGAGGCGGGCUACGGCCAGUCAAUCUCCAGCUCUCACCUGGCACACCAGAGUCACUCCCCCAGCUUCUUCCUGCAAGGUUCACCACAGUCCCAAACCCAGAACAACUCCAGUUCGACCCAGAACUCUCAUGACUCCAAUGUCUACAUGGGCCUGUCUGUCAUCAAGACGGACUCAACGGGAACUAAUGGGCAUCUCCACCACCAUCAUCAUACCCACCCCAGCCAGCGCACUGCCUCUAACUGCAACGGUGGCUCUCCAACCGAACGUAAUGGACCAGCUGGGUCGCUCCAGCUUCUGCAGUACCAGAACCGCUUUCCAACACCGUGUCAGGAGCAUGAGGAAGUGGGUGGUUUGGAACAGCCAAUAGGAGCAGAACAAGGAGAAGGAGGUGUUCAAGAGAAGGACUCGGAUGGUCUUAUGAAACCAGGGGAGCACUUGCAGACUGGUGAAGGAGGAGAAGCCGAGGGUGUAGGAGGCGCAGAGCACUACCUCCAGCAACCAACGGAAGGUGGUGGAGUCGGGCCGGGAUCUGGAGGAACGAGCGCGAGCGCAGAAAGUGGAAACCUGUGCAAUGACACCGAGGCAAGUGGAACCACCAAUCAACAGCUCCAGCCGCUCCUGCAAGGAGCCGGUUUGGUGCAGGGGCUUUUUAGCACCGUGGGCGCCCACCAGAGCCUGGGCAGUAGUGGAACCAACGGAGGGGGCUCCAUGGAGAUUAAUCUGGACCACUUUGACGUUUCCUUCGGGAAUCAGUUCUCAGAUCUCAUCAAUGACUUCAUUUCGGUAGAAGGUGGAAGCGGAACGGCGGUAGUGGCGGGCGCCAACGCUCUCUACAGCCAUCAGCUGAUGACCCAUUCGGGAACAGAGGGGCAGGUCUCCUCUGGAACUGCAGCACAACAAGGUGCAGACGAAGUAACUCAUGGGGCAAGGGGGUACAAUUCUGCAGACCUCUGUCUCCAGUCCUGUUGCAGCCCUCAGUCUACGCAGGCUGGGGCAGUGGCGGGUGAGGCAGGACAGCUGGCAUAUAUGCAGGUGGCCGAGGCCGUGUCGGCAGCUGUCGCGCAUGGAAACAUGGGAAUGUUACAGGCUACCGGAAGGCUGUUUGUGGUGACAGACUAUUCUCCAGAGUGGUCUUAUCCCGAGGGUGGUGUGAAGGUGCUGAUCACCGGUCCAUGGCAGGAGGCCAGCAGUGAAUAUACCUGUCUGUUUGAUCAGAUAACAGUUCCGGCCUCCCUCAUCCAGCCUGGGGUGCUACGCUGUUACUGCCCAGCUCAUGACACAGGCCUGGUGACCCUGCAGGUGGCAGCCAGCAGUCAAAUUAUCUCCAAUUCAGUGGUGUUUGAGUAUAAAGCCCGUGCCCUGCCUGCCCUGCCCUCUUCUCAACAUGACUGGCUCUCACUGGAUGAUAACCAGUUCAGAAUGUCCAUCCUGGAACGCCUAGAGCAGAUGGAGCGAAGGAUGGCAGAGAUGGCCGGUCAGCAGCAGCAACAGCAACUGAGCAGUGGAGGACCAUCUGAGAGUGGAGGAACCGGAACAGGAGGAGAAGGAGGAAGAAGCAAUUCUGAACAGUUCUCACCAGGUCAGGGUCAGAGCCAGGGUCAAGGUCCAGCUGGCAACUCCUUUGAGAGCCGUGUGGUGGUAGUUUGUGAAAAGAUGAUGAACCGCGCAUGCUGGGCCAAGUCCAAGCACCUGAUCCACUCCAAGACGUUCAGGGGCAUGACUCUUCUUCAUCUGGCAGCCGCCCAAGGCUACACCACACUUAUCCAAACACUUAUCAAGUGGCGCACUAAGCACGCAGACAGUAUUGACCUGGAACUUGAGGUCGAUCCUCUAAACGUGGAUCAUUUCUCUUGCACACCACUGAUGUGGGCUUGCGCUUUGGGUCAUAUGGAAGCAGCAGUGGUUCUGUAUAAAUGGGAUCGGCGAGCUUUGGCCAUCCCAGAUUCUUUGGGUCGCUUAAUUUUGAGCUACACCAUGUAG